AUGGCGGGCUUCUUACUGAUACCGGGGUCCGCUAUGCGGCUUCCGGGGAGCCGACUUUGGCGUCUCCUGCCCCACGGACUCGGGGUCUGGGCCCCGGCGGACGGGACCGCCGGAGCCUGGAUGUGGCAGCUCUGCGCGCUGCGAGAGGAGGCGCGACGGACCUCGGAGCUCGCUCGCAGCUGCCGGGGAGACCGGCCCCUCUGCACGGCUACGCCACCUCCACCGGGGUCGUCGGGUCCCGAGCCGAAGGGCCGCAGAGACCCCACGCGGCCCUCCAAGCCCGGGCCUGUUUCCUGGAAGUCUUUAGCAUUCACAUUUGCUAUUGGUGGAGCCUUAUUGGCUGGAAUGAAGUACUUCAAGAAAGAAAAGACAGAGAAGCUAGAGAAGGAGCGGCAGCGGAGCUUGGGAAAGCCUCUCCUCGGGGGCCCGUUUUCCCUCACGACUCACACUGGAGAGCCCGUCACUGACCAAGACUACCUGGGUCAGUGGGUCCUGAUUUAUUUUGGUUUCACUCAUUGCCCUGAUAUCUGUCCAGAAGAACUAGAAAAAAUGAUUCAAGUCGUGGAUGAGAUAGAUGGAAUUCCAACUCUGCCAAAUUUAACUCCGCUUUUCAUCACUAUCGACCCAGAGAGGGACACCAAAGAAGCCAUCGCCAAGUAUGUGAAAGAAUUUUCUCCCAAACUGGUUGGCUUGACUGGCACCAAAGAAGAGAUCGACCGAGUGGCCAGAGCGUACAGGGUGUAUUACAGUCCUGGCCCCAGGGACGAGGACGAGGACUACAUCGUGGAUCAUACAAUAAUAAUGUACUUGAUUGGACCAGAUGGCCAGUUUCUAGAUUAUUUUGGCCAGAACAAGAAGAAUGCAGAAAUAGCUGGUUCCAUUGCUGCGCACAUGAGGGAACGUAGGAAAAAGAGCUAGCCAGAGCGGUGGCGCCGGGUGGAUGUUCUCUUGCCAAAGAGGAGAAAAGCUUUGUCUCCCACAGGAGCCAACAUCUAUCUGUGUAUAUACAUAUGCAACCGACAGAAUGGCCUUCGUACCGCAAGAACAUCUGUAUUGUGGACAUUAUGGGUGCAGUACAAAUAGGUAUUAUGUUACCCUUGGGUUCAGCCAAAAUCGAUUCUUGGAACUGUAAAGAUUACAACCGAAUAGUCGCUUGAGACCGGAGGACCAAGUUACCGUGAAGCCAUGGGAUGGACUCAGGAGAGACUCAGCAGGUGCAUUUCUCCACGUCAGAGGGGCCCUCGGAUCAGCACUGCUGUCUCUCCUGUGUCCUGGACCCUUGUCACCAGGGUUGUGGGGCUGAAUUUCCAGGAAGAGUAAUUUCCACAGUGCCCUUGCUUUCCUGUUCGAGUUCUUG